UUCUUCUUCAUUAAGCAUCAUUAUUUCUUCUUUAUCAAACAUCUCAUCCGAGACUUAUCUUUGAAACCUUUCUUGCUACCCAAGAAACCUAAUACGAAAACCCUUUUCCAAAACCACGAAGCAGAGAACCAAAAAAGAUGGGGACAAUGGGUGAAGUAUGGACUAACACAGGCUCUGCUCUCGCAAGUUUGGUUUUUAUAUACACAAUCUUCGAGCGAUUCUUCCCUUAUAGUCUCCGAGAGCACUUCGAACCAUUAGCUCAAAGGCUCGUCGGUCUUAUCUACCCUUACAUUCAGAUAAAGUUCCAUGAAUAUAGCGGCGAGCGAUUCAAGCGAAGCGAUGUCUAUCACGCGAUCCAGAACUAUCUUAGCAAAGACUCUUCUUCUCGAGCCAAGAAACUAAAGGCCAACACAGUCAAAGGAAAUAAAUCUAUUGUCCUUAGCAUGGACGACCAUGAAGAGAUCACUGAUGAGUUUGAAGGGGUCAAAGUUUGGUGGCAAUCGAAGAAGCAUCAAAGCGAAAGCCGGUCUUUCUCCUUUUACCCUAAAGCCGACGAGUCAAGAUUCUACAUGCUUAAGUUUCAUAGACGUGACAGGCAAGUAAUCACAGAGAGGUAUCUUGAUCAUGUAAUGAGCGAAGGCAAGAUAAUUGAGGUUAAGAGAAGAGAAAGGAAGCUUUAUUCGAACAAUCCUAGCCAGAAUUGGUCUGAGUAUAAGCAAACGAAGUGGAGCCAUGUCACUUUCGAGCAUCCUGCUACAUUCGAUACUCUUGCUAUGGAUUAUAAGAAGAAAGAAGAGAUCAAGAACGAUCUGAUCAAGUUUAGUAAUAGCAAAGAUUACUACAAGAAGAUCGGGAAAGCGUGGAAACGAGGGUAUCUCUUGUUUGGUCCACCAGGAACCGGAAAAUCAACAAUGAUCGCUGCGAUGGCGAAUUUCUUGGAGUAUGAUGUUUAUGAUCUUGAAUUGACAACAGUUAAGGAUAACACAGAGUUGAGAAGGUUGUUGAUCGAGACUUCAGGGAAAUCGAUAAUUGUUAUUGAAGAUAUCGAUUGUUCACUUGACCUAACUGGUCAGAGGAAGCAGAAGAAGGAGGAGGAGGAGGAAGACGAAGAUGAGACUAGCCCGAUUGAGAAGCAGAUGAAGAAAGAUCAAGGUGAGAAUAAAGGAAGUAAAGUGACAUUAUCAGGGUUAUUGAAUUUCAUUGAUGGGUUAUGGUCAGCUUGUGGUGGUGAGAGGAUCAUUGUGUUCACUACUAAUUUCAUAGAUAAAUUAGAUCCGGCUUUGAUUCGAAAAGGAAGAAUGGAUAAGCAUAUAGAGAUGUCGUAUUGCGGUUUUGAAGCGUUUAAAGUGUUGGCAGAGAAUUACUUGGAUGCUAAGGAAGAAGAUGAUAAUGAGUUGUUUGAUGAGAUCAAGAGGUUACUUGAGGUAGAAGAAAUCAAGAUGACUCCUGCUGAUGUGGGAGAGAAUUUGUUGAGGAAAUCAGAAGUUGAGGCUAAGGAGACAUGUCUGGAGCGAUUGAUCGAAGCGUUGAAGGAGGAGAAAGAGGAAGCUAAGAGGAGGAUUGAGGAAGAGGAGAAGAAGAAAAAAGAAGAGGAAGAAACUUAGAGGAAGAAGAGAGAGGAGAAGAAGAUAAAGAAGGAAGAGAAUGAAUAAAAUGAAACUGCAUUG